UAAAUAGUUUAUGGUCAAUGAUUUUAUUGAAAUAAAGCUGUGGUUUUUAAUUUUUAUUGAUUACGAGAUAAGGUUCAUUGAAUAUAACGGCAGUGGGUUCACUAAAUCAACAUCAUUCAGGAUUAUAUAAUGUAUGUAUGAAUAUCAAUAAGUUUUCUAUAAUAUUGUGAUUCUUUACACAUUUUAAGAAAGAAUUAAAAUAAAAGGGAAAUAUCAUGGGUUGUGCUGCUUCCUCUGAUGGUGGAACCCAGUAUGCAUCACUGGGACAACAUGGACAACAAAAUGUCAGGAGUGAACCACACAUAAGGAGCCAACAACCAACACCUUCUCAGCAAAAUACGCAACAUCAAUCACCCCCACCUCAGCAGAAUACGCAAGAACAACCACCACCUCCUCAGCAGAAUGCACAAGAACAACAGCAGCCUUCAUCAAACGAAGCACCACCGCCAUACGAGUAUAAAUCAGAACCUGUGCCCAUUGUGGCCGCCAAACCCAAAAGUGUCGAUAAGAGUGGGCCAGUUGGAGUUAAAAGCAGUGAUGCCAAAAGUGGAGUUGACCUUUACACUACUAACGAUAUGAUGUUACCUGGACUGCCAGAUUUCACGAUAGCCGAGUAUGUACCCACAGACAUUGGAACAAAUGAAAUGUUCUUAGAUUUUCGGACAUCAUCUGCAGAUUUCCCCACACAGGAUCCUCCCAAUCCUGACGGAGAUCUGUAUACUGAUUACGAUUUCACUGUAGAUGUUGCUUUUCCUAAAAGAUCAGAUUUAGAAUGGAAAAGACCUAUGGACGUCGCAGAAGAACCUGUUCUCUUUUCAGAGGGGACAACUAGAUUUGAUAUUGGUCAAGGUGAAGUAGGUACUUGUUGGUUUUUGGCUAUGGUAGCCAAUAUCGCAGACAAACCAAGAUUGUUACGAAGGGUAAUUCCGGGCGAUGCUUACAAAAUAGGUUCAGAUGAUUAUGAUGGGAUAUUUCACUCUAGGUUCUGGAGAUUUGGUGCCUGGAAUGAUACAUACAUAGAUGACUUUCUACCAAUUGUAGAGGAAACGAAUAUAGCUGGGGCUCACUCUGCAACAGAUCCGAAUGAGAUGUGGGUAGCGCUCCUUGAAAAGGCUUUUGCGAAAUUAUAUGGAUCUUAUGAAGAAAUAACAGCGGGAUUAACAGCUGACUCCUUCAUGAACCUAACAGGUGGAGUAGCAGAGAUGAUUGACUUUAGGAAGACAAAGAUAUCAUCCGAAAGAUUGUUUCAAAGGUUACAUAAUGCCUUCCAGUGCCAAACUACUAUGGUUGGGUGUGCUGUUCCGGGUAAAAAUGAUGGUAAAUGUGGAUUGGUAGGAGGUCACGCUUACUCCAUGAACGGAGCUUUUGUCGUUGGUGGAGCUAAGUUAUUAAGAAUAAGAAAUCCUUGGGGCAACGGAGAAUGGAACGGUCCAUGGAGUGAUGGGAGCCCUGAAUGGGAUUCUGCCCCGUCAGACUGUGUUCCACCACCAUCAAAAGACGACGGAGAAUUCUAUAUGGAUAUUGAUGAUUUUUUUGGAUACUUUGAAGAUUGUACCAUUUGUAAUCUAACACCGGAUUUUGACAGAGAUGGAAACCCUAAUAUGUUAAACUACGUUACGUGUAUAUAUGGAGACUGGCGUAAUGGAAAGAAUGGCGGAUUUGAACAACGAACAAAGAAUCCAUGUUACUCUGUUACACUAGGCGAUGAAGCUAUGGACGAUGAAGGUAAAGUUGCCCUUGUUGUUCAGAUAGUCCAAAGAACAUUAGAGAGUAGGGAUGAUGUCGCAGAUGUCAGAUGCGAUCUAUUCAAGGUUCUUAGCAGAAACGGCCAUUGCGUUUCCCUGGAACUGUUAGGUGACAAGUCUAAUUUAUACAUGGGGAAUGUACAAAAUACAUACAGAUUCCUUGUUGAACCAGGUUCAUAUGUGGCUAUACCCUCGACAUUGGAAGCUGGAUACGAAAAAGAGUUCCUGAUUCGAUUGUUUACCGCCGGUCCUCUGUCAAAUCCUCAUGAAGUAGACAAUAUAACAAUAAUGACAGGAAGGGGAAGAAAUGGCGAUGAACCAGCUGAAAAUUCAAGUUAUAAAUGUACCAAAUGCUCAGUUGGUGCAUUUCAAAGUGGUUUUAAUGCCGGAGGACAGAUAGCGUGUGAAGGUUUUGCAAAGAACCCACAGUACCUACUGACGGUCAAUGAAGAACAAACAUUAAAGGUCGAAGUUAUGCAACCAGAAAAGGACGAUGGAUUCGCACUUGGUAUCAAAUUGUUUGAAGCUCCUGGAGAUAUUUUCCCUGCUGAUUACGACUGGCUAAAUGACAACUAUGGCAAUGCUUUGAGAGACAGUGAGGGUGGUGAUGGCCCUUUCCAAUUCGGAACUUCUGUAGACACAUGUUACACAGUUUACCCGGGAACAUAUAUACUACUUAUUCACUGUGAUAGUGAAGCGGAUGAAAACGAUUUUUCUGUGGCAAUUUAUUCAGAAUGUCCAAUUGAAAUGGAAUCGGCACACGUAUAAAGGGAGAUAAAAGAAUAUCAUUGUUUGAUGGUUAAACAAAAUAUAUCUAAGUUUUGAAAUAAAUACUGAAAUAGAAGAAUAUUGUUCAACGUGGAAAUAAAAUAAUCAUUCCAAUGUUAAAUACAUGCAUUCUAAACUAGGACAAAGAAACUGUCUUCCUGCUCUCCUUCAGUAGUAUUAUCAUCAGCAAUUGAUAAAUAACCAGGUUACCUCUUUUCAUACCCUAAUACAUCCUGAUAUAUUUUGAAUGGAAAAUAUUCAUCCGGUUUCAGACAAAAAUGGAUUUGUAUACGACAAUCUAUGAAAAAAACCCAAGUAUUUCAUAAUUGACUCAUCUGUGAUAUUUUCUUUUACAUAUUAUUUAUUGAGAAUUAAAGUUACCAUUUCUA